AUGCCGUCGGUGUCCGUCUUCUGUAAAGGAGCCAUGCUGAUCAGCAGGACAUUAAUGGGUCCUUACGGGAUGGAUCGAACGGUAUAUUGCAUGGAAUUUAACGACUGCACCAAUGGAUUGGGGAUAAAGGUAAUCGGAGGACUUCGGGAGAGCAGCAGAGAGGAGUACGGCGUUUAUGUCAAAAGAAUCCUUCCGGGCGGCGUGGCUUAUUCUGAUGGACGGCUGCAGCCUGGAGAUCAGAUCCUGGAAGUGAAUGGAGAGAGUUUAUUGGGGGUAUCUAACGAGAGAGCCGUUGAUAUUCUGCGAUCCGCGUCGGCCACCAGCUACAUGCGUCUUCUCAUUGCCAGAGAUGAUGAAGCCAGGAAGGAAUUCUCUGAGCUGAUGGAAAAGUACGGAGCACACAGUGACUGUGGAUCCUCCAGAAGUUCCCCCGUCAUGCACAGCAGCAGAUAUCUGGAGAGCACGUCCUCGGAGUCUUCCUCCCGUUCCCAGAGUCCUUUGCUGCUGAGUCCGGCCAGCUCUCACGGCCAAUUCUCAGGGAGUUCUUGUCUGUCCCACCACUCACUUUCAAGCGACUCAGGGAUCCAGAAUAUCUCCGUGACAAAGUCUACCGGCCUUGGAAUAGUGAUCAGCGGAGGCUCCAACCGGCAGGACGGCCCGAUGGUCUACGUUCAGGAAGUGCUGGCCGACGGGGACAGCUGCAGGGAUGGACGCCUCCGAGCCGGAGACCAGCUUCUCGCUAUCAACAAGGACUCGAUGCUAGGAGUCACCAAUGAAGAAGCCAAAAGGAUCCUGGCCAGAUCGAGAUUCAGGCAAGACAGCUGCACAGAAGUCUCCUUUAUGCCUACGGCAGGACGGAUUUCGAGCGUCUCCGGAGCCAACUGCUCCGGCUUGGGGCAGCAGAGGAGCCUGGGGCAUUGCCUGCCCUGCUGCAGACUCAAGCUCCAUGUUAGAUCCCCGGAGUGCCGCCACGAGAACCACGUGCCUUCUCCCUCCCCUGAUAUCUGCCCACCCGAAGUGACCGUGUCAGCUCCAAUGUCCCCACCUAAUCACAGAUCAUCUGCUGGGACGAAAGAGAAGGUCUCGCUCGACCCUCGUGUCCGACUCAAGGAGGAAAAGCUGGAAUUGAUCCUGGAGUUCUUGGGCCUCGAUGUCCCAGAAGAGAAAUUAAGAGAACUUCAUCAGGCGCUGAUAACAGACUGUCAGGGGACGGUGGCCUACGGGGAUUUCCUUCAGGUCAUGCGCGACAGCCUGCAGGAUGAAUUAGAGGACGCGGGCCUGGAUUACAGCUCCCUGCUCUUCACACAUUACCAAGUGGCCAACUUACUGGAUACGUCCGCGUUUUACUCUCCCAUCGAUAAGGAGACAGAGGUACCGAGGUUCAGUGACAGCGCCGAGCUCCAGCGGCUGCGGGUGGAAGUGACUGACCUUAGACAGGAGGUCCGGCGGCUCAAGAGAUUGCUAAAGGAGGCAGAAAACAGUAAAAGGGCAGCCGAGGAGGGACUGGAGAGACUGAGCCAGAAAGUAAUGGGGCUUUUAUCGGACAAUCGGUGCCUGCAGAACAAACUGCACGUGGCGGAACUUGCGCAGCACCGGGCUCACAGCGCGGAGCACGAUUACGAGGAGGUGGUUCACCUCCUAGAGACCGAAAUCACGGAGCUGAAGAACCAGGCGUCCGCAAAGAAGAACCUAACGGCGUUAGAGUUCCACGAGGGUUUGGACCUGAAUCGAAGGUUGUCGUUAUCCGACUGCCAGCUACGGAAGUCUGAGAUGUCUCGGAAACACCUGGAGUUGUCAAAUGAGAAGCUUCUCGGCUUUGUCCAGAAAGUCCAGCAAGCGCUUGCGUCUUCACUUCAGAAAUCCGACGACAAGCGAGAUCAUAAUAUGGAGAACAGUCUCGGGGAAAGUCCUCCCAGCGUGGCCGUUCCUUCGAUGGAGUCGCUCGCAACAGAAGUCAGCGUCAUUCUGGAGUCCUGUAACGCCUGUCCGUUCGCUUGUAGCGAUUUCCAGAAAUACCACAAUUCAUCACAUCAAUCGGGGCUCUGCAGCCUUCGGAUGAGUUGGCCCUCGGUCCCUUCCCUACUCGGGGCACAAAGUCUCAGUUCAAAUGAGGAAUUAUUUUGCGGGGCCAAAGACUCGAAGGAUGAUUCUACUUAGGGACCUUAUUCACGCCGUCAUUUCUCCGCUUUGUACAUACGGAAUAAUUUGGUUUUCAAACACGCAGACGGCGUCGGGAUUGGAAACGGGUUCAUGGAAUAGAACCGGAAAGUGUCUGGGGAGGAAAUAUUAAAAUAUGGAGAAUCAUCAGAUGGGCAAGAGAGGGGGUGCGGGCUGUUACCCCACACAAUGUUCACAAGGUGACCCGGCAUCUGUCUGAUUAAUAAUAAUGUCCAACAAUAAAACAUUUUGAGA